AUGAUCGUUCUUCCAGAGGUUGCUCAAAACCUUCCUUUCCCUCAUCUGCUACUGGCAAUUUUAUCUGUUAUUGUUACAGCUACAGCUGCCAGAAUCAUCUAUAACCUCUACUUUCAUCCACUACACUCGUAUCCAGGCCCUUUACUUGGCCGCGCGACUAUACUAUAUCCAAUUCUUUGCGAGUUGAGGGGUAGCCUCCAUCUCAAAGUGAAAGAAUGGCACGACGAGUACGGCGAAGUUGUACGCGUUGCGCCAAAUCAGCUAUUGUACAAUUCUGGACGGGCAUGGGAGAAGAUAUGUGGACAUCGAACAAGCAGUAACCAGUCACUCUUUGAUAAAGAUCAGACGUUCUUCUUUGAAUCCCCUCAAGGAAAACAUACCAUGAUCGGUGAGAAUGGCGAGAAACAUCGUCGCCUCCGCCGUCUGUUGGCCCACGCGUUCUCUGAUAGAGCUUUAAGAGCACAAGAAGACAUUCUCCAGAGCUAUGUCGAAUCUCUUAUAUCGCAGCUUCGCAAACGCGCGGCCACCUUCGAUACCAACACUGUUGAUAUGAUGCGCUGGUUCAACUAUAUUACCUUCGACAUUAUUGGCGAUCUUUCAUUUGGUGAUUCCUUUGGAUUGUUGGAAAAGGGUAUAUGGCAAAGAUACCUCUCGUCGAUCUUUGGACUGCUACAGUUUGGCGUCCGAUACCGUGCUAUCAAACGUACUUUUCCAUUAUCAUGGAGAUUCUUCUUGGCUAGAUGGAUUACACCUAAAGACAUGCGGGAGGAUCGGCUAUAUCAACACGAUCUUGCGCAAAGCAAGCUUACCAAACGUGUCUCUGUUGAUACUGGGAGACAAGAUUUUGUGCAUUACAUGCUCAAAGGAUCGAAAGAUGCCAUCGGUCCAGAUGGUCUUAGCAUGGAUGAGAUAGUUAACCUUAGCGAAUUCCUCAUGCUUGCCGGCAGUGAAACGACGGCAACCGUAUUAUCCGGGAUGCUAUAUCAUUUGCUGCAAAACCCCCAGUGUCUAUCACGUCUAACCAGUGAAAUUCGAUCCUCAUUCAAAAGUGAGAACGACAUCAACUUGAACAGUGCAGCUCAGCUUCGAUAUCUUCAUGCCGUACUGGAAGAAUCUAUGCGAAUUUAUCCCCCAGUUCCCAAUUCCCUGCCGCGGGUGACUCCAGAACCAGGACAGAUUAUCUGUGACAAAUUCGUUCCUGCUGGUACCUCUGUUGGAUUACAUCAUUACUCGUCUUACCAUUCCAGUGAUAAUUUCUUUGAGCCGGAUGCCUUUCACCCAGAACGAUGGCUUGAGGGGGAGGAUCCACGAUUCAGGAGUGAUCGCAAGGACGCAUUCCAUCCAUUUUCACAUGGGCCUAGGAAUUGUUUAGGGAAGAAGUAA